UCUCUUCUCUCUCUAUCUCUCCCUUUGUUUUUGUUUUUGUUUUUGUUUUUGUUUUUGUUUUUGUUUUUGUUUAUUAUUAUUUUUUCGUUUUGGAGGAGAAUAAUAACUACUGUACUACGAGGAGGGAAUCGGUGCUGAUCCCUGCGCGCAUGUUGUUUUUGGUUGGGUUUGCUUUCUAUUUGAAGCGAAGCAGGGAGGCAGGGAAGCAGGGAAGAGCGAGCGAAGGAAGAUUCCUUACUAGUACAGAUAGUACUACUAGUAGUAGUAGUGAAUGAGCAGUGCGUGAAGGGGAUUCCUUCACGGGCUCUCCGGGAAUUUGACCUUGCUGGCUAGCCUUUACGCUUGAUUUGCAAAAUUAUUAAAUAAAACAACUUUACCUACUUCCUUGUAAAUUUAAUUAGGUCCGAAUUGGGUUUGUGAAUUGUGAUCGGCGGGCAAGAAGAUGGGAGUGCAAGUGGCCGGGCCGUGCUUGCAUUGGUCGCAGCUGUUUCCCGCCGCCCCCUCCGCCUCUCAGACCCUGGCCUCUGUUUUCGCUUCGAUUUGCUCCGCCAAGAGAUACGGACCCAUCUACGGCUCCGACGCCUCCCUCGCCCACCAUCACGUCGCGGAGCACCGGUCGCCGUUCCUCGGCGGCAGCAGGCUGUCGAGAACCCGGUCUUCGGAGAUAUUCAGGCCGCGGGGAAGCCGGGGGAGGGAAGGACAGCUGCGGAGAGCUGUCAGUGCAGGCCUGGAGCACUUGGACGACGACGACGACGACGACGACGACGAUAAGAGAAUUCGAGAACAAUCAGCUGAUUCUCUCGGCGACGACGAUCGCAAGAGAGAUGCAGAGAUCGGCGGCGGCAGCAGAGAUGCAGGAGAUGCCGCCGCCGCCGCCGCAUCUGGUUCGCCCUUCUCCGGCACCGCAAGGCCGGCGAUCUGGCCCGACGAGCCCCCGGACUGGCCCGAUCGGGACGCGCUGUCGAUCGUGGCGGCGAACAGCGGGCCGCUGCCGCUGCCGCUGCGGAUCAUCAUGCAGAAGAAGCAGCAGCAGCAGCGGUGGGAGGAGGACUUCUUCCGGGACGCGGGGGAGUCGGCGCUGAGCUCCGUGAAGAGGGCCUUCUCGUCCAUGGUGUUCAUCAUCCGCGAGCUCCACAGCUUCACGCUCCACAUGCGGGAGCUGCUCUUCCUCGAGGAUCUCCGGGGGAUCCUCGCGCGCGUCCACCACGAGAUGCACGCCUCCUUCGUCUGGCUCUUCCAGCACAUCUUCUCGUGCACCCCCACCCUCAUGCUCUUCCUCAUGCUCCUCCUCGCCGACUUCACCGUCCACUCCAUGGCCCACACCGUCGCCUCCGCGGCCGCCGCGCCUCCCCGCGAUCCCACGCCUCGAUCCGCCGCCGUGAUGCCGGUCGAGAGCCCGCCUCAGACCAAGCGACAGCGGUUCGCAUCGGCGUCGGUGAAGUCGUUCUCGGUGGGGAGGACGGCGGAGGUCGGAGGGAGCGGCGGCGGCGGCGGCGGCGGGGGGAAGGUGAGGCCGGUGGCGGGGUCGAGCGACGAGGGGCGAUCCGAUGGGUACCGCGAGAGCCGCACGAUCGUUCCUGAAGGGAUAUCGAACGUCCCUGCGACGCUCCCGGAGGAGAAGAGAGUAGAAAAAGACGCAUCGGAGGCGGAGGAGGAGGACGAGUCCGUGGUUUGGAACAGAGUGGUGGAGGAAGCUUCUGGAAUGCGAGCGAGAGUGAUGCACGAGUCGCUUAUGGAUCCCACCGUCUUGAAGCGGCUCGUUGCGCCCGUUGCGGUGGAGUUCGAGGGCGAUGAUGGUUCGACGGCGCAUUUUAGAACGGAGCUCAUGUAUCAGCAGGCGCUGUCCGCGGAGCCCGACAACUCUCUCCUCGUCUCCAACUUCGCUCAGUUCCUCUAUCUCGUCCUCCGCGAUCACGAUAGGGCGGAGUACUACUUCAAGAAAGCGGUGCGGAUCGAGCCGGCAGAUGCAGAGGCUCUGAGCCGGUACGCGACGUUCCUGUGGGUGGCGCGGAAGGACCUGGAGGCGGCGGAGGAGACCUACCUGGAGGCCAUUGCUGCCGAUCCCGGAAACAGCUUCUACGCUGCUAACUACGCCCACUUCCUCUGGAACACCGGCGGUGAGGACACCUGCUACCCUCUCGAUACCGACGAAGCAUAAUUCAACCUCCACGCCCGGGAAAUUGCGCAUUUUCACCACAAACGGGAAGCGAACACAAAAAAAAUGAGCAUGUGCAUGGCCCGUUAGAAUGGGCAACAACGCGGGGGGGCGUUUUUAAUUAGAAGCCAUUGGAGCAGGGAAGUGCUUUCACAUCGACUGUGGCCACGAGGCCGUUUGGUAUCUGGUGCUCAUCGUUCAGUGGAUGGGCGAUGGAAGCCCGUCUUUUGAGAGUUUUGUCUCUUAAUUAACUCGGGAGCUGGCCCGAGUUGCAUUUUUCUAGUUCUAGUUCUAGUUUUAGCUCUAGUUCUUAUGGCGGGUGUGUGUGGAACAGUUAUAUAUGAGCUGCUCUCUUCUGCUCCGGAAGUAGUAUAAUUCUUGUAAUUAGCAAUAACAUAAUAAUAAUAAUAAAAAUAAACUCCCGGUUCGUUCUA